AUGUCCGGUCUUGGUCUGUCGUCUCGACUUGCCUUGAGUGGGGUUAUCCGCCCAAUCGCGUGUAUUGCUUUCCAAGGACGCCUUUCUGAUGCCGCUUUCGGUCGUGACGGUACUAGCCGAGCACGUUUCCUCCUCGAAUCUGCUCUAACUGAACUCCUUUCCAUUGUCAUCGAAGGCAGGUGUCCCAACUACAACCUCACUACUCCAUGCGACCGAUGCCCGGAUAUUGAACAAGCCCUAAGCCGAUUUACUGGCUUCAUUGCUCCUCCACCCCAACUUGUCACCUCUAAAGGAGGCAAAGGCAAAGGUGGCAAAGGCACUAGAUUCCCUUCCGAUUCAGUGCCAGCUAACAGUCACAUUCAAGGUCCCACAACCUCCAGCACUGGUAUCGACAACCCGGUCAAGUCUGAUCCUCAACAUCACUCCUUCUCCUAG